GCAGCAGAGGAUCUCACCCAGCGUCCGUGCAACUGCCGGUGGAUUUAGAAUUUCCCAGCGUAUCUUUCUCGCUCCUUCACUCUCUCUCUCUCUCUCUCUCUCUCUGCCCUUUCUCGAGUUUGCCCCGACUGAGAGUGUGAGAGACACUGAUAGUGCGAUCCACCGCAGCUCCGGCGCCGGCAGCUCACCUGAAGAAGGAGACGGAACACGGACUCACCGGAGCGCAGAGAGAGAGAUAGAACGAGAGAGAGGCUGGUGCUAUUUACAGAACAUCCAGCGGAGGAGCUGAAUCUCGAUUCACCGAGCUUCGUCCGAUCCACCUGUGGCGGUUCGCGGAGGUCGUCUGUCAUGCUUCUGGCGCCUCCAUUCUCGAAUUGAAGCUGCGGGAUCGAUAUAAACGCCUAUUGAUGAAAGGCGGCGGAGCUGGUGGCGGAAAACGGCGAUGGAGGGGUCUAGUGAUUGCGGUCUUAUGCCUCGUUAUCCUCUCAAUGCUCGUCCCUCUCGGAUUCCUCUUCGGCCGCUUCCACACUGCUUCCACCGCGGUUUUCGGGUCUGACCAACAGAGUUCGGAGCCAAAUGGUCUUAGCAGCUUUGACAAGCAAGGCAUCAGUGGUGUCAGGGACCAGUCCAAGUCUAAGAAGGAUCAGUCAGAAACAGACCACGUGAAAGAGCUCGUUGAUAAAUUUCCAGCAACUAUUCCUGAGGAUGUUCUUAAAAAUAUUUCUGUUGAAGUUAAGAACCAUAGCAUCAGUGCUGUUGUCAAGGACGAUCAUCCUAAGAAAGCGUUUCCUGUAUCACCGCCCGGAGUGCUGCGACCCGUCUCAAGUUCAAAUGUCUCUGAAGCUAGCCAUCCUAUAGAAACUGACAGAUCUAAUAGAGGCCCCAUUAGCAACAGUGACAGAUUGUGUGAAUUGAGAUUUGGGAGCUACUGCCUUUGGCGUCGAGAACACAGGGAAGCAAUAAAGGAUAAAAUGGUGAAGAAAUUAAAAGACCGACUUUUCGUUGCAAGAGCAUACUUUCCUAGCAUAGCUAAGCUCCCUGAUCAAGAAAAGUUGUCCCGUGAGUUGAGGCUGAACAUUCUAGAAUUUGAGCGCAUCUUCAGUAUAUCCUCUAGGGAUGUGGAUCUUCCACCCCAGAUUGAACAAAAGCUCCAGAGAAUGGAAGCUGCAAUAGCAAAAUCCCAAUCUGUCAAAUUAGAUUGUAACAAUGUUGUCAAGAAAUUAGCACAGAUCUUGGAUUUGACAGAGGAUGAAGCCAACUUUCAUGCAAAGCAGAGUGCCUUCCUCUACCAGCUUGCUGUUCAUACCAUGCCAAAGAGUCUUCACUGCCUAUCUAUGAGACUAACUGUGGAGUAUUCUACAUCUCCUCCUCCUGAUAUGGAGUCUUCUCUGGCUAAUAAAUUUUCAGAUCCCUCACUUCACCACUUCGCUAUAUUCUCCAACAACGUCCUUGCUUCUUCAGUAGUGAUCAACUCAACUGUUAUGAAUUCUAAAGAAAGUCAAAAUUUAGUGUUCCAUGUGCUGACAGAUGAAGAGAACUAUUUUGCGAUGAAGUUUUGGUUCUUCACACACGACUAUAAAAGUGCUGCUGUUCAAGUAUUAAAUGUCGGACAACUUGGUAUGGAUUUCCAGGAUAAAGCAGCUCUCUUAUCUUUCUCACUGUCUGAGGAAUUUCGUGUUACCUUCCACAGUAGUAACAAACAAUCAGAGCCUGCCAUGAGAACAGAAUAUAUAUCUAUCUUUUCAAGUUUGCAUUAUCUUCUGCCUGAGAUAUUCCAGAAUCUGGGGAAGAUCAUGGUCUUGGAUGAUGAUAUAGUUGUCCAGCAGGACUUGUCUGCCCUAUGGAACCUUGAUAUGGAAGGAAAGGUGAACGGUGCUCAGCAGUUCUGCUCUGUGAGGCUGGGUCAGCUCCAGGGUUACUUGGGCGAAAACAGUUUGGAUAAGAACUCCUGUGUGUGGAUGUCAGGUUUGAAUGUAAUUGAUCUGAAGAGGUGGAGAGAGCUCCAGCUGACUGAAACAUACCUAAGGUUGGCACAGGAGCUCAAUAUGGGGGAGACAUCAGCGGAAGCUGUUUCACUGCGUGCAAGCUUCUUGACCUUUCAGGAUCUUAUCAAACCUCUCGAUGAGUCAUGGGUUUUGUCGGGCCUGGGUCACGAUUUUGGGGUCAAACGCCGAGCUGUGAAUAACGCUGCAGUUUUGCACUAUAAUGGCAACAUGAAACCGUGGCUUGAGAUGGGGAUCCCCAAAUACAAACGCAGCUGGAAGAGGUUUUUGAACAUCAAUGAUCAAAUGUUGAGUAACUGUAAUGUCAGCCCCUGAUCUGCUCGGCCUUUACUACACUUAUUUCUCAUAUACAUCGUUCAGAGCAAACCACCACAUUGAGAUCUACGUCUUGAACGGAGAGACUGCUGAUCAUUUCAUCCAUUCACCUCUGAACAAUGUUGGUAUGACCAAGUGAUAGCUGCGAUAACUUUGCUGGGAGAUUUUUCUUUCUUUUUUUUUUCCUUUGAAUAGGACUACAUAGGAAGGAUUUCCUCGGUGGAGAUUGCAUGCCAAGUAAUGGAGAAUUCCGGUUGAAGGGAGACUCAAUCGUUUGCAUGUAGAAGAGCUGGCUUUGCAGACUGGAAGUUUGUGAAGAUUCGAGUGGAAGCAAAGCUCAUGAUGGGAAUGAGUGAUGUAGCUUCGGUUGAGGCAUGCAGCAAGCAAGUCGUACAAAUAUUCAUCAGGUUUCAUAAUUCUUUCCGGGGGGGUUGUGUCGAUACUUCUUUUCAGGAACGUCUUUUGUUUUGUUCUUAGGUCUAUCUCUCUAUUGAGAGUGUGGUUGAAGGUCGGCUUCUUUCUACAUCCUAUUUUUGUACCGAUUCAAUUGUAAAUCUCUCUGUACUAUUGUAACAUGAGUUUGAAAAUAUUGACGUUGCUUCAUGGGAUGGGCUCUACCCGGAGAGAUCA